AUGAUGUUGAUUAAGGUGGUUGUUGAAUGGACCACUUUGAACAUUAUUAGUACUUAUACUCCACAAUCCGACUUAGCCGAGGAGGAGAAGAGGCGUUUUUGGGAGGAUUUGGAUGAGUUAGUGGGAAGCAUAUCGCCUAUUGAGAAACUUUUUGUGGGAGGGGAUUUCAAUGGGUAUAUCAGGUCUAUUUCGGAAGGGUAUGAUGAUGUGCAUGGAGGCUUUAGCUUCGGCUACAUAAAUAGAGAAGGAAUUUCACUUUUGGAGUUUGCAAGAGCUUUUGAAUUGGUGAUAGCCAAUUCGAGUUUUCCAAAAAAGAAGGACCAUUUGGUAACCUUCCGUAGUUCAGUGGCUGAGACUCGGAUAAACUUUUUACUCCUUAGGAAGGAUGAUAAAGGGGACAGAGACUUUGUGUUGGGAUAUUUAGAGCAUACAUGGAGGUAUCAGUAUUUUGGGUAUUUUGAGAGUAGUAAGGUCAAAGCGGUUAAGGGUGUUGUUCGUAGGAUGCGCUGA